AUGAGUCGUGAGUCACUAUCAGUUGUCGUUAUUGGCAUCGGCCCGAUGGGAACCAGCCAUCUCCUCGCAUAUCAUCACAAUCCCACGUACAAGGUCAUUGGUAUCGUGUCGAGGAGCACUCUUCAGCUACCAACCGAGUUGAAAGAAUACGAGAGCCUCGCUCUUUUGAACCUCAAAACAGCUCUAUUGCUUAAGCCAGAUGUGGUAUCAAUAAAUACCCAUUCUGAUAGCCAUGUCGAGUAUGCAGUGGCUUCAAUGGAAGCAGGCGCUCAUGUGUUUGUUGAGAAACCUCUAGCGACAUCCGUUGCAGAUGCAAAACGAGUCGUGGAAACAGCCAAACGAACUGGGAAAAAGAUUGUCAUUGGUUACAUUCUCCGUCACCAUCCGAGUUGGGUUGAAUUCAUCCGACAGGCAAGGCAAUUUGGGCCACCUUUCGUCAUGCGCAUGAACCUCAAUCAACGCUCAGAAGAUAGUGCAGGGGACAUUCACAAGCGCUUCAUGGAGACGACUAGCCCAGUGGUUGACUGUGGAGUGCAUUACAUUGAUGUGAUGCUGCAAAUCACAGACAGCCGCGCUGUUCAAGUCAGAGGAAUGGGAGUUAGACUCAGUGAUGAGAUUGACAAGGAUCAAGUCAACUAUGGCCACUUGCAGAUUACCUUUGAAGAUGGGUCGGUGGGUUGGUAUGAUGCUAGCUGGGGCCCCAUGAUAUCUACAAAUGCCUUUUUCAUCAAAGAUGUCAUGGGGCCUAGAGGUGCCGUAUUGAUUGUCAUGGAUAGCGAUGCUGAUUCUUCGGACGUGAAUGCACACACUAAGACAGCAAAUAUCAAGGUGGCUCCGGUUAAUGAGAAAGCUACAAUAAUCUCCAUGAAGGGUGAGCCUGUCCAUGAUGAGCUCUGCGCACUAGAGCAAGAGUAUCUGCUAGAGUCCAUUCUAGAAGAUCGAGACUUAUACAGGCAUAUGAAUGAUGCUGUUCAGUCCCUUGCAGUUGUACUGGCAGCGGAUAAGUCAAUGAGGGAAAAUAGGGCAAUUGAUCUUUAA